GCGGGGCGAUGUAGGGGACAUGCCCUGACGGGACGACGAGCGGUCGGGGCGCCGCCUGCGAGGGCACAGCUGCGCCAGCGGAGCCACCCGCGGCGGGUCGGCCGCGCCCGGCCAGGCCCCCGAGCGCCGCCGCUAUGGCUGGGGCCGGGCUCUGGACGAGCAUCAAGUCCCUGCUAGGGAGGAGCGAGGACCCUCUGUUCCUGAACGACUCCAGUGCCUUUGACUUCUCGGACGAGGUGGGGGACGACGACUUCCCCAGGUUUAACAAACUGCGCGUGGUGGUGGCGGACGAUGGCUCGGAGGCGGCCCCGGAGACACCGGUGAACGGAGCGUCCCCGGGGCUGCCGUCCGACGACGAGUCCCUGCUGGACCGGGACAUCGCCCUGCGCAGCGCCCGGGCCGGCCGGCCGGACCCCUGCAGCGGCUGCAGCAGCCGGCGGGAGCGCUCCAAGCAGAGGAAGGUGAAGAAGCGGCUGACGCUCGCUGCCCUCCUGUACCUCCUCUUCAUGACGGGGGAGCUCAUAGGUGGCUAUGUUGCUAACAGCCUAGCAAUUAUGACAGAUGCACUUCACAUGCUAACUGACCUUAGUGGUAUUAUUUUGACCCUCCUGGCUCUCUGGCUGUCUGCAAAAUCUCCGACAAAGAGGUUCACUUUCGGAUUUCAUCGCUUAGAAGUACUGUCAGCCAUCAUUAGUGUACUGCUGGUCUAUAUCCUUAUGGCAUUCCUCUUAUAUGAGGCUGUUCAGAGAACUAUCCAUAUGGACUAUGAAAUAAAUGGUGAUAUUAUGCUCAUCACAGCAGCCGUCGGUGUUGCCGUUAACUUAAUAAUGGGGUUUUUGCUGAAUCAAUCUGGCCACCUUCACUCCCACUCCCAUUCCCAGCCUCACUCUCACGUACCUCGGCCGAGCUCUCCGAACACAGCCCAGGGCAGCAGCCAUGGACACAGCAGCCUGGCCGUGAGAGCAGCCUUUGUCCAUGCGCUGGGGGACCUGGUACAGAGCAUUGGGGUGCUUGUAGCUGCCUACAUCAUCCGCUUUAAGCCAGAAUACAAGAUUGCUGAUCCUAUAUGUACAUAUGUAUUUUCCAUACUGGUGAUUUUUACAACAAUUCGAAUUCUGUGUGACACAGGAGUUAUUAUUCUGGAAGGAGUUCCAAGCCACUUAAAUGUGGAUCGCAUCAAGGAAGAUUUGAUGAAAAUUGAAGAUGUUUAUUCUAUAGAAGAUUUAAAUGUUUGGUCUCUCACUGCAGGAAAAACAACUGCCAUAGUCCACUUGCAACUAGUUCCUGGUAGUUCAUCUAAAUGGGAGGACGUUCAGACCAAGGCCCGACAGCUGUUGCUGAACACAUUUGGAAUGUACAAGUGCUCUGUCCAGCUUCAGAGUUACAAACAGGAAAUGAGCAAAACCUGCGCGAGUUGUCAGAGUUCCAGUGCCUAAUUUCAUACGUUUUGGGAACUGCUGCCUUAUUCUUUACCUUGUGUAGUCAAAGACUGAGAGCAAUAAAUGCAAAAUUAAAAUUAUCCAAUAGUAACCAUUAAUAUGUGGAUUUGUACCGUGGGACAUGCAGCAGGGAGAACUGGUGCUGCAAAAAGUGCAGCGGUUGCCCUACAGAACAUGCAUUUCACUCUCCGUUGUACUGGUUUAUUCAAUUUGUUAUGAUUUUGAGACAAAACUGGUUUUGGAUUAUUGUUUACAAACUGGAACGUGGCUCUGCAGAUACCUCACAAAUUACAGUCCAAUAUUGUCCUUUAAUCAUUAUGUAUCACAAAGUACCUGCGCUCCAAAUGGAGCAUCGGGUAUUCAGUAUUUCAGUCAAAAGUCUCUAAAGCUGAUCAUACCAGGGUUGCACAAUCUAUCAUGAUCCCCAAAUUCAUUAUGCAGUAUUUUUGCAAUAGUAGUUUUCAUACAGUAUCUCAAACUAUUAACACAUACAUUAAGUUGAAUUCAUGUGGAAGCUGUCUCUUCGGAGACACUGCAAAAUACAGAAUUUACUGUACCCAGACCAGAAAGUUAGCUUUAAUCUGGGCAUUCAGAGAUCCAGACAGGAAGAUCCUUGCCCGGACUUCUGGUAUUUAACUAGAGACCCAACACUGGACCCAAAGUGUUUUAGGUGAUCAGUUACCAUUAAUGUAUUUUAGAAUAGGGUUUAUACAUUAGAAACAGGUUAUUUAUUUUACAAAGUUUUGACUUGUAAGAAGAAUUUAUUAUUAAUAAUCUUGAAUGUCUAAACUAUCAUUUGAUUCACGUUAAAUGGCCAGUUGAUUAGCAUGCAUUCUAAUUGUAAUUAAUAAAUGUCCUGUAAUUGA